UCCCAAGUCAGACUAGGGAAAGAUCUGUUUUGUCAACAUACAUCAAUUAACUGUCAGUCGAAAAGAACUCUUGUCAGACAUAGAGGUUACACGCCGAAGUAAAAGACGAAACAGGUUUAACAAUUUUGUUAAAGCAAAGUCGAAACCAUAACAUUAGUUUGAUUUGUGUACGGCAAACAAGAUUUUUAGAUUCAUGUGUUUUGAUCAUGCCAAACUACAACACCCCUGGUCACCCUUAUGCAUCGCAAAGUAUUCAUGUCACUUCUAGUCCAUUAUAUAAAAGCAAGGAUGGCAGGUACACCUACCCUGGCGUUCGAGAUCUAACUACUCGUCCAUUGACAGCCCUUAAUAAAACAAGCCCACACGAUUCUGAAUCAUCGUCUCCAAGGUCGCCACGAGCGAAAACCGCUCCUCCCGGUUACAAAGCAAUGCCACCAAUAAACAAAAAUAAGAAGUUGAUCACCUUAAACUUUCGACAACUCACUCCAUGGUGCAGGGAUAUGUACCGCUGGUUCACUCCUGACCCUUCACAGGGUGUAUGGCACGAUAAGCAAGACGUUGAUCGCUACAGAAGGGAAGCCCUUAAAUCUAGAAUUCCAGCUGAGAACAUUUACCACACGCAAGCCGGUCUCAUGCCAAAUUACUCUGGAUAUGUACCAGGUCAAAAAUUUCGUUAUGGCCAAACAUGGGCUCGAGAAACAGUAAACGCCAAUCGCACAGGAAUCCCUAGAACAUGGGAGUCAACUUCGUUGUUUCAAGACCGUCCGAUUGGUGCUUAGAUUAAUAACUAAACUGUAUUUUAACAGGCGCAAUAUUUAUUAAAUUGCAUAUUACUUUAGUGUAUACAUAGCCUAUCAACAUACAUUGGUCUGUACCCUGUAUAGUUCACGUAAAGUUGUGCCCUGUUAAGCGUUACUUAGUAAGCGUUCAAUACAUCAUUGUGUUUAAAUAGACAGAGUCCUUCAAAGUAAUUUAAGAAGUUUAUUUAAAAAUUACAAAUGUUUAUGCAGUUUUACGUUUACAAAAUAUUAAAAAUUUGUUUGAUAUUAAUAUAACGAUGUCACUAUAGUUUUUUCCAUGUAUAUAUUACAUAGGAAUAGUACAAAUUGGUUUUAGGUAUACAUUUUUACUGAGAUUCGUAUUUAAAGCAUAUAAGGUUUAUUUAUUUAUUCGUUUAAGAAGGCAACACUACAUAGAAUAUGUUACGUUAUGAUGAAUGUCAAUUUUUCUCCAUGUUGUUCUUUGUAUUGUAAUCAAUAGUUCCAACAUAUAAUCUCGUAGUAGAAAAAUGCCGAGCUU